AUGGGCCAAGCCAUAGUCUCUACUGAUUUUUCUCCAGAUGCAGGACCACUUUUGGUCUCGGACAAGUAUCUGAGCUUGAGGAAUGAUGACAGAGACCGCUCAGUAACUUUCAUGUUAGGUGUGAUUCGCAGACCUUCAAAAGUGGCAUCAAAAAUCCCAGAUGAAGUCUGUCCACCUCACAUGGUGCUGUCAAAACCAGGCAUACUAAAAGAUUCAUGUGAUGAAAAAUUGACCAACCAGCCUGUGGAGCAAGAGCUGCGAAAGAAAAGGAAGAAAAAAUUCGUAACCUUCAAGAUUGAUGAGAUCCAAAGAUCUUCAAAGGUGGCACCAGGAACCCCAAAUGAAGUCUGUCUACUCCCCGUGGUGCUGUCAACACCAGACAUCCUGAAAGAUGCCCCAAAUGUGCCUGUUGAGGCUUCCACAGAAUUAAUGGCAUCCCGGUUCCACAAAGCAAGUCCCAUAAAAGACGGUGUGGAAUACCCAGAACUUGAUGAAGAGGAACUCUGUGACAUGCCUCCACAGCAGACUGCAGAUGACAGAGGCUGUCAUUUGAAAUCUAAAACUGCGUGGGCAGAAGAGCUGGAUGCAAAUGCCCAGGACUCAGAGCUCACUGAAGACUGCCAAGGGUAUAUUCUAGAACGAAAAGCGAACUGGAGACAAGGCCUGAAUGUUUAUAUAAAAAACUCACCUGGAACAUCUGGAAAUUCUGAGGCAUAGGACACAGUUGAUAUCCCAGUUCCUCAAAGCAAGAGCUGUGUGACAUGCCUUCAACCAGACAAGAGAAUACAGAAGAUAUCAUUU